AUGGCAUUUUGGCUAAGUGUAUUAGUCUGUUUUUUCACCUUCGCUUGCUCAACUCCACCCGAAGAUCCGGUCAAGUGUGAGUCUGGAAACACCGUAUGCACGGUUACGAAUUCGUAUGGAGCAUUUCCUGAUCGCUCUAUAUGCAAAGCUGCAAAGGUGGAGUACCCAAGAACCGAGGCUGAGCUGGUCUCUGUGGUGGCUGCAGCUACUAGAGCCGGUCAAAAGAUGAGGGUUGUGACUCGGUACUCUCACAGCAUCCCCAAGCUGGUCUGUACUGACGGAAAGGACGGUAUUCUCAUAAGCACCAAAUUUCUAAACAAUGUGGUGCGAACCGAUCCCAAGGCCAAGACUUUGACAGUUGAGAGUGGCGUGACGCUAAGGCAACUGAUCAAAGAAGCGGCCAAGUUGGAGUUGGCUUUACCGUACGCACCGUACUGGUGGGGACUAACGGUUGGAGGGAUGAUGGGCACGGGUGCUCACGGUAGCUCGCUGUGGGGUAAAGGAAGCUCGGUUCAUGAUUACGUGACCGAGAUGAGAAUGGUGAGUCCCAGUUUGGUUUCUGAAGGGUAUGUGAAGGUUCGGGUUCUAAGUGAGACUAUGAAUCCUGAAGAAUUCAACGCAGCCAAAGUUUCUUUAGGAGUUCUUGGUGUUAUAUCUCAGGUAACUUUCAAACUGCAACCAAUGUUCAAGAGAUCAUUAACGUAUGUUAUGAGAAACGAUUCGGAUUUUGGAGAUCAAGCCGUGACAUUUGGGGAAGAGCAUGAGUUUGCCGAUUUCAUAUGGUUACCGAGCCAAGGCAAAGUGGUGUAUCGAAUUGAUGACAGAGUUCCGGCCAACACUUCUGGAGAUGGCUUGUUCAAUUUCUUCCCAUUUCGUUCACAACUCUCGGUGGCUUUAGCUGUCGUCAGACGUUUAGAGGAGAGUGACGAGGCGUCGCGUGAUGGAAACAAGAAGUGUAUGAGAGCAGCAAAGCGUUUAACAUCCUUUUUGUUUGAAAUCUCAUACGGAUUGACCAAUAAUGACUUUAUAUUCACAGGCUAUCCAGUUAUCGGAAGACAAGACCGUAUGAUGUCGUCCGGUGCGUGUCUAGACAGCCAUGAAAAUGGAUUGAUCACGGCUUGUCCGUGGGAUCCACGCAUAAAAGGCGAGUUUUUUCACCAAACAACAUUUAGUGUUCCUCUCACACAUGUCAAAGACUUCAUAAGAGACAUCAAAGCACUUGUGAAGAUCGAACCAAAAUGUCUCUGCGUCCUUGAACGCAGCAACGGUAUUCUAAUGCGCUAUGUCACAUCCUCCCCUGCUUAUCUUGGAAAAGAGGAGAAAGCUUUAGACUUUGACCUAACUUACUACCGAAGCAAAGAUGAUCCUUUGAGACCACGUCUGUACGAGGAUUACAUUGAAGAGAUCGAGCAAAUGGCGAUAUUUAAAUACAAGGCGUUGCCACACUGGGGAAAGAAUAGGAACGUAGCUUUUGAUGGUGCCAUUAGAAAGCACAAGAACGCAAAUGCGUUUCUAAAAGUAAAGGAGAGGUUCGAUCCUUUGGGGUUGUUUUCUACGGAAUGGACCGAUCAGAUUCUAGGUUUGAAAGGAAACGUGACGAUUGUGAAAGAAGGAUGUGCAUUGGAGGGACUGUGUAUUUGUUCGGAUGAUUCUCAUUGUGCUCCCAACAAAGGUUAUCUGUGUCGGCCUGGUAAAGUCUACAGAAAAGCUAGGGUUUGUACUCGUGUAAGCGCUUGA